AUGAAGGCCACCCAGAUUCUUCCCGUUGCCUCUCUCCUUUUCGGAUUCGUGAACGCUGCUCCCACCAAAGCUGUUGAAGCGAUCAACAACCAGGCCGGCUGGGGAAAGCGAGACACGGCCGUUGAAGCCAUCAACAAUCAGGCCGGCUGGGGAAAGCGAGAUACCGCCGUCGAGGCGAUCAACAACCAAGCAGGAUGGGGAAAGCGUGACACGGCUGUUGAAGCGAUCAACAACCAAGCCGGUUGGGGCAAAUAG